AUGCAAGAAAAGUUGCAAAAAUCUUUGGAAGCUGUGACCGAGUAUCCCAAGGAGAGGAUAGAUUCAUUCAAACCUUCUCAAGACCUGCAGUUAAGGGAGAGCUUCCAGAAAGAUCAAAGUCAAGAUGUGAUGCCAGAUAAUAGAAAGCUGUUCUCAAUAUUUUUAGAAUCAUCUCUUUGUGUUGGAGCUGAAAGAGUGGCUGCAACUCUGCCACAGGAUGUUUUGUCCUUUGAGGAAGUGGCUGUGUAUUUCUCCGAGGAGGAGUGGUCUCAGCUGAAUGCUGACCAAAAAGCGCUGUAUGGAGAAGUCAUGCUAGAGAUUUCCAGGAAUUUGGCUUCUCUAGGUAAGAAUCCCUAUCAUAAGGAAGACAUGAAGAAGAGGGCUUAG